AUGACUGUUCCUGGAUACGCAUAUUGUGCCUUGGGACGUUUUUAUUCUGCACGCAAUGUUUUGGGGUUCUAUCGUACGACUUCUGCUCUCACAGAGACCUCCUUCUGCACGGAGGGCCUUUCAAAUCCAGAUUCAUGGUUCAAGAACGUCUUCUACAGAGCACUGUACCACACCGUCGAAGCUCAUCCUUCACUUUGCUAUGGGAUCCUUGAUCAAACUCCAGAUCGUGAAGCUGUGUUCCUGAGGCUACAGGCCAUUUACAGAGAUGACGUCGCGGAGUUUCAUGAUCAGGAUCCUGGUGAGCAAAGAGCGAAUGAUGUCGAUUCGGCAAUCACGAGUCUGCUCGAAAGGUCUCAUGCGAGGAUACUUUUGGAGGGCCACCGCAAACCAUCAUGGAGAGCUGUAGUUUUCAAACAUGGAAAUCGAUGGGGCUCGGGCAGCAAUUCCAAGAUUCAGAAAGUCAGCAUUGCCUUUCUCUCUCAUCAUGCCCUUGCAGACGGCCUCAGUCACGUCAAUUUCCAUCGAACCCUACUUCAAUUUUUCAAUGAUCCAGAGACCAAAGACUGUGUCUGGCCAGUCACUGUACCUCGAGACCUGCGCUGUCCCAUACUUCUCGAGGAUGCUGUUGAUCUCAAAUUACGAGAUGAAAGCGACAAGAGCGAGGUCGAUUAUGGCGCCACAUCAGUUUGGUCAGGUGCAAACAUAUUCCUUCCCUCGAUAGAAGAAUAUGCAUCUGGACUACGUAUCAUUACGAUACCACAAGACGAGAUCAGCAAAGCAGUCAAGAUCUCCAGGAGCCGCAGAAUUACUCUGACGGGACUGAUCCAUGGGCUUAUUGUCACCUUCCUUGCUAGAUAUAUUCCUCCCGGUCAUAAUUUUCUUGCUGUCACGCCGUACUCCAUGCGGCAGAUUACCAAAGUCUCUGAUGAUGAGAUAUGCAACCAUGCAUCAGCACUUGUACAUGAUUUCUCAGUACCACUUGUCUCGGAGAUUCGUGCAACUCCGGAGAAAUCACUUGAAGAGUUGGACAAGAUCGUCGAAGUGGGUCAUAUCUUCAGCAAAGACAUGGCAGCUGAGCUUGCAAGAAGUCCGAAGAACAAUGUGUGGGCCGGUAUGUUUGGGGUCUCGGACUGGUAUUCGCAGUCACGGGCACAAUUGGGAAAGAAACGGCCACUGACUUACGAGAUCUCCAAUCUUGGCAAUCUAAAAGUCGUGGAUCCCGAACGAGAUAUUAAAGGCACAGGUUUGAAGCUUGAAAGAAUGCUGGUAUCUCAAUGUGGAUCAGUUACUGGUCCUGUCUUCUGUUGUAACUGUGUCAGCAUUGCCGGGGGUCCAAUGACCAUGACUCUGACGUGGCAAAAAGGUAGUAUGGAGGAAAGGAUGAUUGAAGACAUGGCGAGGUACCUUGAGAGCAGACUGAUGACUGGGUUCGAUGAAGUCGUAUUCAAAGAAUGA